CAUGGGCACAUAAAAAGACCCCCGGAAAGGAGCCCAGCACACCGGAGUCCCGUCGCUCGUGAUGGCAGGAUCGGCGUUGCACUUGUUCGUCCCGCUGGCGCUGUCUCUGCUGCACACCUGCGCCGCCCAGCAGCCCCUGUUCAUCCUGACAGCUCCAAACGUCAUAAGGGUGGAAAGUGAGGAGAACAUCGUUCUCGAAGCGCAUGACUUUGCUGGUGGUGUUAUCGAUGCCGAAAUUCGUGUUUUGGACUUCCCAGCCAAAAGGCAGACCCUGUACCCGACUGACGGCAUAGAUAACAAAGUGCAGCUGAGCGCAAACAAUCAGUACCAUGUGACCAAAGCGAUCAAGAUUUCUGCCAAACAUUUCAAGUCCGAUUCCCGCACCAAUCAGUACAUCUACCUGCAAGCCACCUCGGCCAACUUCAACCUGGAGAAGGAAAUUGUGGUGUCCUUCCACUCUGGAUACGUCUUUGUGCAGACGGACAAAACCAUCUACACCCCCACUGACAACGUUCUCUACCGAGUCUUUUCAAUGACUCAUCACCUGAGCCCAACUACGAGUGCGGUUUCCGUGGAGGUUAUGAAUCCUGAUGGAAUCAUCGUUAGCAAAGAUGUGCUGUCAUCUCCUCAUGGCAUUUCCUCCGGGACUUACAAGAUGCCUGAAGUUGUGAAUGUCGGCAUCUGGAAGAUUGUGGCCAAAUUUGAAGUGACACCACAGGAGAAUUACACAUCUGAAUUUGAAGUCAAAGAGUAUGUCCUGCCAAGCUUUGAAGUUAAACUGGAACCCAGCCAGCCAUUCUUCUACGUCGAUGACAAUGAGCUCUCUGUUGACGUCACUGCCACGUACCUUUAUGGAAACAAGGUCUUGGGGUACGGAUACAUUGUUUUUGGAGUGUUGGCGGAUGACGAGAAGAGAAGCUUCCCAGAUUCCCUGCAGAGGAUUGAAAUUGAAGACGGAAGAGGAGUAGCGCGCCUCACGAGACAGCAGAUCCUAAGUGCCUUCCCGGACAUCAACCAGCUUAUCGAUAAGUCCAUUUACAUCUCGGCCACCGUCUUGACAUCCACUGGCAGUGAUAUGGUGGAGGCCGAAAAGAGAGGACUAAAGAUCGUCACCACGCCCUAUAAAGUUCUCUUCACCAAGACUCCAAAGUACUUCAAGCCAGGAAUGCCCUUUGACGUGAUGGUUCUGAUAACAAAUCCUGAUGGAUCUCCUGCUAGAAACGUUGAUGUGGAAGGUAACCCCGGGAAAGUUCCUGCCAGAACAAAUAGUGAAGGAACAGCAAAGAUGACCAUCAAUACAAUCCGGGAUGGAAGGAAUCUCGCCAUAACUGUAAGAACAAAAAACCCUAAGAUUACUGAGCCUCGCCAAGCGGACGGAAGAAUGGAGGCCAUCCCGUACAAAACGCCGUCAAAUUCUAACAAUUACCUGCAUAUCGGCAUCCAGGCUGCAGAAUUACUGCCAGGAGCAAAUCUACAAAUCAACUUGAACAUCCAAAGCAAUGACAUAGUAACUCAGGACACAAUUAAAUACUUUUCAUAUUUGAUUAUAAACAAAGGAAACCUUCUGAAAGCGGGCAGGCAGGAGAGACUGAGAGGACAGUCACUUGUCACGAUGUCCCUGCUCGUUACCCGUGAGAUGAUCCCCUCUUUCCGCGUUGUGGCUUAUUAUUACGUGACUGCUGGUGGUAAAAGAGAAAUUGUGUCCGAUUCAGUCUGGGUGGACGUGAAGGAUUCCUGCAUGGGCACGCUUCAAAUACUUCCAGAGCGAGGUGGACAAGCGUACAGCCCACGCAAACCCUUUGGCUUCAAAAUUAGAGGAGACCCCGGUGCCAAGGUGGGGCUGGUGGCUGUGGACAAGGCAGUGUUUGUUUUAAACAACAAGAACAAACUGACGCAGACAAAGAUCUGGGAUCACAUUGAGAAAAAUGACAUUGGCUGUAGCCCGGGAAGUGGAGCAAACAACAUGGGGGUAUUCAAAGACGCCGGCCUGAUCUUCAAGUCAAGCAUUGACAUUGAGACAGAAUCUCGGAACGAUCCCCACUGCCCUGUACCUCCCAAAAGAAGACGGCGCUCGCUGGUUUUGGUUACAGAGAAGACAAGUUUGGCCGGCAAGUAUACUGACAGCCUCCUGAAAAAGUGCUGUAUGGACGGCAUGAGUGAGAUUGUCAUGGAUUUCAACUGCAAGCAGAGAUCUGAGUACAUAGUGGAGAGCAAGGAAUGCAUCGAGGCCUUCCUCCACUGCUGCAUAGAGCUCACCAAAAAGAAAGGGCUGCUGGCCAGGCAGCAGGAGCAGAUCUUGGCUCGCAGUGAAGAAGAUGACCGUUUCUUGAAUGACGAUGAAAUUGUUUCCAGAACUGAGUUCCCCGAAAGUUGGUUGUGGCAGAUUGAAUCACUACCAAUUGGCGCUGGAGACAAAGACGGUUUGGUCGUAAAAGAUAUGAAAAGCUUCCUGAAGGACUCCAUCACAACAUGGGAGAUCUUGGCCAUCAGCUUAUCUGCAAAGAAGGGUAUCUGUGUGGCAGAUCCUUAUGAAAUCACCGUGAAGAAGGACUUCUUUAUCGACCUGCGGCUGCCAUACUCUGUGAUCCGAAAUGAGCAGGUGGAGAUCAAGGCCGUGCUCUACAACUACUAUGAGGAGGACAUUGAGGUCCGUGUGGAGUGGAUGCCCAAUAGCCAACUCUGCAGCAUGGCAAACAAAAACAAAUACUCUGAGAUUGUGAGAAUUAACCAGCUGUCAUCACGAGCGGUGCCAUUCAUCAUUAUUCCUAUGAAGCUGGGAAAGAUUGAUAUUGAAGUGAAGGCAUCUGGGAAAGCCUUUGGGGAUUUCGUGGCUGAUGGUGUGAAGAAGCAGCUGCAUGUGGUGCCAGAUGGAAUGCAGGUAAAGAAAAUGGUCAGAAAUAUUGUCUUGGAUCCCGUUAAAGCAGGUGGAGUACAAAAUGAGUUUAUUCCCAAAGUGGACGUACGAUCAAUAGUUCCCGACACAGAAGCUCAGACAUUCAUCGCUGUAACAGGUAACCUCCUGGCAGAAACCGUGGAGAGCGCCAUUAGUGGGAGCAACUUGGCUAACCUGAUCCGAGUGCCGUAUGGCUGUGGAGAGCAGAAUAUGAUAACAAUGACACCACCUGUCAUUGCAACUCAUUAUCUGGACAAGACUGACCAGUGGGAGCAAGUGAGCUUACAACGACGGGCAGAGGCCAUCAAAUACAUCGGUCAAGGUUACACGCAGGAGCUGGCAUUCCGGAAGACUGACAACUCAUAUGGUGCAUGGAUCACAAGUCCUUCGAGUACCUGGUUGACAGCCUAUGUGGCUAAGGUGUUUGCUAUGGCCUACUCUCUGAUAUCAAUAGACGACAAAGUGCUCUGUGGUGCCGUCAAGUGGCUCAUUCUUAACAAGCAGCAAGCUGAUGGAACCUUCAAGGAGGACGCCCCUGUGUAUCAUGGAGAAAUGGUGGGAGGACUACGAAAUUCAGAAUCUGAUGCCACUCUCACAGCUUUCGUCCUCAUUGCUUUGGCCGAAUCCCAAGAAAUCUGCAGAACUCAAGUCCAGAGCUUGGAGGAAAGCGUAGAAAAGGCAGCAAGUUUCCUGGAUCGGCGUCUUCUGACCCUGCAAAAGCCCUACACGGUGGCCAUCACUUCCUAUGCAUUGGCUUUGUGUGGCCGGAAACAUCAGGAUCCUAUUUUAAUGAGGUUUGCCUCGGCAGAUAAAACCAACUGGGAUGGAGGCUCUCGUCUCUUCACUCUUGAAGCCACUGCCUACGCCCUUCUGGCCUCUGUGAGAAUUGGGCAGUAUGACCGAUCUGGAGAUAUCGUGAGAUGGCUGACAGAACAAAGGUUUUAUGGAGGUGGAUUUGAGUCGACUCAGGCCACCAUCAUCGUGUUUCAAGCAAUGGCUGAAUACAUGACUGCAGUGCCAGAGUACCGGGAUAUUGACCUGGACGUCGAGCUGACCGUAUCUGGACGCUCCAAGCCUACUAAAUGGAAAAUCAACAAGGCGAAUGCCUUCCUUGCACGAUCAGAAAAGGCAAAUAUUGACAAGGACAUCUCCGUUUCUGCAAAAGGAACUGGCCAGGGAGCAAUGUCAGUGAUGAGUAUCUACUAUGCUCUGGUGGAACAGAACAAGACAGAAUGCAAGAAGUUUGAGCUGGAUGUGUUGAUGGAAGAAGUUCCAAAUGCUAAGAAGCCUGAAGGAGCCAUACGAACAUUUAAACUCACCGCCAGAAUGACGUAUCAAGGUGAAAGGGACGCCACGAUGUCCAUUCUUGACAUCACGAUGCUGACGGGCUUCAUUGCUGACCAAGCCGACCUUGGAAAGCUGGCGAAUGGAGUGGACAAAUACAUUCAAAAGUUUGAGGUGGACAAGGCCCUUUCUAACAAAGCGUCUCUCAUCCUGUACCUGGACAAGGUGUCCAAUAAACGCUGGGAUGUUAUCUCCUUUAAAGUUCACCAGAUGUAUGAAGUGGGCUUAAUUCAGCCAGCAGGAGUGACCAUCUAUGAGUACUACGAGAUGGACAAACGCUGCCAGAGAUUCUACCAUCCAGACAAAGAAAGUGGGCUCCUCAGCAAAAUCUGCCAAGAGCAAGUAUGCCGAUGUGCCGAAGAAAACUGCAGCCUGCUGAAAAAGAACGAGCUGAGACUGAGAGAGGAGGACCGACUGACUGUGGCCUGUGAAGCGGGAGUCGAUUACGUGUACCGAACCCGACUCUUGGAGACCACCCAGGAGGCCGAGUACUCUUUCUACAAAAUGGAAGUUGUGUCAGUCAUUAAAGAAGGUACCGAUGAAAAUCCUGAAGGGAAGAGAAGAGUCUUCAUCUCUCACAGCUCCUGUAGGAAAACCUUGAAUCUGGAAACAAAUAAGGAAUACCUGAUAAUGGGAAAAAUGGAGGAUCUGUGGCAGAAAGGACAAGAGAUUUCCUACAUCCUUGGCUCAGAGACGUGGAUUGAGUGGUGGCCAUCAAACCAAGAAUGCCAGGACCCCAAAUACAAAAAGACGUGCAGAGAUAUUAAGGGGGCUACUGACCACCUACACGACUUUGGGUGCCCCAACUAAGCCACCUUCUCAGGAAUACUGUCAAGUUUCUCCUUACUAACAUAUCGUCCUUUGCAUCGACCGGGACUCGGUGAACGGUGAACUUGGAGCACUCCGUCAAAGCUCAGCCUCACGGUUCCAUCUUAUUUUCUCCCAGCUCUUAAUCCUCAAUUUUUUUUUUAUGCAAAUGUUCCUCUCAACUAAACAAGAAAUAAAACAGCUUAUGAAAAGAUCACAA